AUGUACUGGAAGGAGAUACCUGUCCAGGUGCAGGGGCAAGACGACUCAAGAACCGUGUCGCGGCCGCUUGACCCAAGGUUCCAAAAGGGAGUGGACGCCGUCGCCAUGUUCGACGGUUCAUCAGGUACCGACGACUACCUGCUGUCUUGGGAGUGGGGCGAGUUCCGCGAGGUGGAAGGGUCUGCGGAGUCUGCGGCUAACAUGGCAGCUGAGUGGCUUAACUGUAGAUUCCCAGAUGACUUCGUCGCCCGGAUUCGGGACGUUCAACGAGAGGGGCAGCGAGACCCAACACCGGGUGCAAUUGACCAUUGGGCAAACAGUGACACCGCGUAG